AUGGACGAGUUCUUGCUGUCACAGAAUUUGAGGCGUGUGUGCAACGGAGAGGGUGAUUCGACUACUUCUUCAUCACGAUCGCGACAAAUUAUCUUGGUCGAGAAGCCGCAAACGCCAUACAUCGUUUUGCCAUCCGAAUCGCGAUUUCAUCAUCUCAUUCAGCGACCACAUUUUGCCGUCGACAUUGGAGGAACGCUUUGCAAGCUAGUCUACACAACCGUCUGUCAUGAAGAGGGAAGCGAUCGUCCAGAGGUUCUGCUCAACUUCAAGAAGUUCCUCAACAUCGAGAUGUGCUUGCAAUUUUUGAAAGAGGAAUGGGUGCAGAGAACCGAGGAGGAUUCACUUCAAUGUACGGGCGGAGGAGCAUACAAAUAUGCGGAGACUUUACGAAGCGAAUUGGGCGUUAGAAUAGCCAGAACGGAUGAGAUGCAAUCGCUCAUUCAGGGAUGCGAUUUCUUGUUGAAUAACAAUGAGGAUGAGUCGUUCACUUAUCAUCACGAAGCUGAGGGAAUCGAGAAAUAUCAAUACAAGCCGAUCGCGUCCGAUUUGGUCUUUCCAUUCUUGUUAGUCAACAUUGGCACCGGAAUCUCGAUACUGAAGGUGAAUUCUCAAUCGUCAUUUGAGCGAAUCGGUGGAUCGUCAAUGGGUGGAGGAACGUUUAUCGGAUUGGGACACAUGUUGACGAAAUCGAAUGAUUUCGACGAGUUGCUGUUCAUGGCCGAGAAGGGGGACCACAGAAAAGUCGAUACACUUGUCGCGGAUAUUUACGGAGGCGACUACGAGGCGUUGAAUCUCUCGUCGGAAGUGAUUGCCGGAUCAUUCGGGAAAUGCAAUAAAUUCAGCUCAAAUCAGGAAUUGACCGCUCGACCCGAGGAUUUCGCGAAAAGUCUUCUCUUGAUGAUCUCGAACAAUAUUGGGCAGAUGGCCAUGCUUUACGGGAAUCGUUACAACGUGAAGAGGAUCUAUUUUGGUGGUUUCUUCAUCCGAAAGCACUCGAUCACGAUGAGGACGCUGAGUUAUGCAAUCAAAUUUUGGAGUAAAGGCGAAUGCGAAGCUCUUUUUAUGAAACAUGAGGGAUAUCUCGGUGCUGUCGGCGCGUUCAUGGCCAAUCUCAGC